AUGGCCCCAGAAUUGAGAAAGAGAAAGUCCGUUUCGGACAUCGAGAAGCCCCAUGGCGCUGCUAAAGCUGCCCAGCCCAAGCGAAAAGCCCCCGAGGAUGCGUCGCCUGUGUCGCUGAAGAAGCAAAAGUCUGUCAAGAAGACUGUUGUUACAAAAAAGACCGCUACCAAGCCGGCGCAAAAGUCCAAGAGCAAGCCCGAGGAAGUCAAGGUCGUCGAGGAGGAAACCACCACACUCGAUAUCCCCGAUGAGUCUUCCGAUUCUGAGGCUGAGGAGGGCAAAGAAGUUCAGGCGAUCGUGAAGGAGCUGGACUCUGACGACGAGGACAUCACCGAGGGCGACUCUAGCUUCAAGCAGGGACAGGAUGUCGGCAAGAUUCCCAAGGUCUCCAAGGAUGUCCAGAAGGCCGCCAAGGCUUCCGACGAGGAAGCUGGAGUUAUCUACAUCGGCCGCAUUCCCCACGGUUUCUACGAGCAUGAGAUGAGACAGUACUUUGAGCAAUUUGGCCCCAUCGUUGCGCUACGACUUUCCCGAAACAAGAAGACCGGUGCCAGCAAGCACUAUGCUUUCGUCAAGUUUGAGGAGGCAUCUACCGCCGAGAUCGUGUGCAAGACCAUGGAUAACUACCUUCUGUUCGGCCAUAUCCUCAAGUGCCGAAUGAUCCCUAAGGAGCAGGUUCGCGAUGAUUUGUUCAAGGGUGCCAACCGACGAUUCAAGAAGGUUCCCUGGAACAAGAUGGCUGGCCACAAGCUUGAGAAGCCCUUGACCGAGUCUGCAUGGGCGAACAAGGUUACAAAGGAGAACUCUAAGCGCGCAAAGAAGGCUGCUAAGCUUAAGGAGCUUGGUUAUGAGUUCAAUGUCCCCGAGAUCAAGGACGUGCCAGCCCCCGCUGCUAUUGAGAACGGAGAGAGCGAGACCAAGGCCAUUGAGGAUGCAUCUGCUGAGAAGGAGGAGGAGCCCAAGGUUGAGGAGCCCGCUGAGGUCGUUGAGACAGUCGUCGAGGAGAAGACUGAGGUUAUUACCGAGGAGAAGCCAGCUCCCAAGGGCAAGGGCAAGGCGGCAAAGGGCAAGGCAACAAAAGCAGGCAAGGGCCGAAAGGCAAAGGCUUGA